UUUCGCAUGGAGCUCGAAUGGGAGCUUGGCGAUCGCGGGGCUGCUCCUUCCAGCGUUUCUGGCAUCGAUCAGCGCACACGGAGGUAAGCAGCGUCUCGGCAUUUCGUCGAGAACAGGAGGAUGGAGUUCAGAUUCCAGCGCUCCUCGCGGCGCUCAGGCAAUGCGGUUGCUCCAGGGACCUCGGCGCUGCUAGAAAGAUCCACGCAUUGGCGGCCGAGAGCAAGAAUCUCUCCAACGCCUUCCUCGCCAACAAUCUGGCGAGCGUGUUCUUGAAAUGCGGGAGCUUGGCCGAUGCGAGGCUGGUGUUCGAUGCGAUGGAGUACCGCAAUGUGGUGUCCUGGAACACUCUGAUACUCGGCUACGCCACAAACAGGGAGGCCGAGAGAGCUUGGGAGCUCUUCGAAAGAAUGGGAUCGCAGGGAUUUUCUCCGACUUCCAGGACUUACGUCGCAGUGCUUCUAGCCAUCUCCGGCCUGGCAGAAGGAUCGAGUGGCACUCUCGUCGAUGAGAAGCUCGUCAAGCUGGGACUUCUGGAGAGAGUGCUGGUUCUACACUCCCAGGCUUGGAAGAAGAAGGAUCUCUUCAAUGGUUUUCUCGCCAACAGGUUGAUCGAUACGUAUGCCAAGUGUGGGAGCUUGCUCGACGCUCGGAUGGUUUUCGACAGGAUGGCCAGUCACGACGUGGUUUCAUGGACUUCGAUCAUAGUGGCUUACGUAGAAAACGGGGAGGCAAAGUCUGGAUUGGAGCUCUUUGAGAGCCUGAACAUCGACCCGGAUGCUCGAGUUUUUGCCGCUGCUCUCAAGGCCUGUAGCGUCCUCUCGGCUCUACAAAGUGGGAGGAAGAUUCACGACGAGAUUUCCAAGCGCGGCCUGUCGAGAGAUGGAUUUCUCUGCAACUCGCUGCUGGAUUUCUACGGCAAGUGUGGGAGCAUGGCUGCUGCUCUACAAGUUUUCGAGUCGAUGAGCAGCGGCAUGAGGAAUCUAGUGACUUGGAGCACUCUGAUAGCCGGGUAUGGCCGCAUAGGAGACGCCGAGCGAGUAGUCCAGCUCUUCCAGAGAAUGCGAGAAGAAGGGGUUCGUCCGGAUGGGAUCACUUUCCUGUCGCUCCUCCGAGCUUGCGGUCAUGGGGGCUUCGUCGAGAAGGCCAAGGAGUUUUUCGCAGCUAUGGUGUCGCAGUAUGGAAUUCGUGCCAGCCUUGAGCACUACCACUGCAUGGUGGAUAUCCUCGGCCAGGCAAACUUACUCGACGAGGCAGUGGCGAUGGCCGAGAGCAUGCCGUUCGAAGCAAGCCCAGUGACUUGGAACACCAUUCUAGGAGCUUGCUGGAAGUGGAGAAACGUGGAAGUGGCCAAGGUGGCGUUUGAGGCGUCGUUGCGACUGGACGCUACACAGGGACUGGCUUACGUUCUGAUGGCGAACGUUUACAGGAGCGUUGGAAUGUGGGAAGAACACUCACAGAUAAUCGGCAGGAGAAACACAAGCAAACCAGGUUCUUCGUCGUCCUCUUUUUAUUGUUCUUCAUUCUUAGAUCUUGCUGGAGCUGACGAGAAUUUUGUAUCACGAAGCUGCGGUCAUGACAUAGAACACAAGCAAACCAGAUCUUGCUGGAGUCGUGGAAAUUGACGAGAGUUGUGGAUCACGAAGCUGCGGUCACUAAAUAGAGCACACGCGAACCAGGUUCUUCGUCGUCCUCUUUUUUUUCCCUUGUGUUCUAAUAGAUCUUGCUAAACUCGUGGAAACUGACGAGAAUUUUGCUGGGUACCAAGUUUGUGAGUUUUUCUCCAGGAUCUUACCUCAUUGUCUCUAGAUUUGAGAAGAAACUUCCA